UUCCUUUCCUGUGGUGAAAGGUGCGACAUGUGACUCAAUCUCAUAUUGCACAAUCAGUCCUUCUGUGGGGUAUUUAAGAGGGGAGAAAAACACAGACUGCAUCAGUUUCUUGAAGAAGAAGCAACAUGAAGAGCUACUACAAGCUGUGCGUUCUCGUCGCGUUGAUGGCUUCUGGUUACACCAACCCAAUAGCUCCAUCUGCUGAUGAAGGCCGAGAGAGUAUUGCUGAGAAUUACCUGACUAGAUUGUAUGGCCUGCCAAAGCAGACCUCUUCUGGUACUGAAAGACGCUCCAAUGCCUUGAGUCUGAGGUUGAAAGAGAUGCAGCAGUUUUUUGGACUCUCAAUAACAGGGACGCUGGAUGAAGAGACGAUGAAAGUGAUGAAGAAGCCACGCUGCGGGGUUCCAGAUGUUGCGGCGUACUCCACGUUUGCAGGGGACUACAAGUGGAAAAAACAUGAUCUGACCUACAGGAUUGAGAACUACACCCCUGACAUGUCAGAAGCAGAGGUGGAUGAUUCCAUCAAAAGAGCCCUGCAAUUGUGGGCAGACGUCACUCCUCUGAGAUUCACCCGUAUCUACAGUGGCACAGCUGACAUCAUGAUCUCCUUUGUUGUUGGAGAUCAUCGGGAUGGUUACCCCUUUGACGGACCAAAUGGUUUUCUGGCUCACGCCUUCCCUCCAUUCGAGGGCAUCGGUGGUGAUGCCCAUUUUGACGAUGAUGAGGCGUUCUUGUACAGAUCUCCUCAAGGCUACAAUUUGUUCCUGGUUGCUGCCCAUGAGUUUGGACACUCUCUAGGGCUUGAACAUUCCCAGGAUCCGGGUGCACUGAUGUAUCCCACCUACGUUUACAGAGAAAUCGAUACCUUCUCCCUCCCUCAAGACGAUGUCAAUGGAAUCCAGUCUCUUUAUGGCCCAAACCCUAAUGUCAACCCUGGUGAUCCAAAACCCACACCAGGAGUUACCCCAAACACAUGCGAUCCCAAUCUGGUCCUGGACGCUGUCACCAUGUUCCGUGGAGAGAUUAUCUUCUUCAAGGGCAGCUUCUUCUGGCGCAGCUAUUCCCUGAGCACAACCGUUGAACAACAUCUCAUUAAAAGCUUCUGGCCUGAGAUUCCAGAUCAUAUCGAUGCAGCAUUCGAGAGUCCAUUGCAGGACAAAGUCUUCCUUAUCAAAGGUGAGAAGGUCUGGGCUCUCUAUGGCUAUGAAAUGGCACAGGGAUAUCCCAAGAGUCUCAGCAUGUUCAAUUUGCCCAAAAAAGUGAAGAAAAUCGACGCAGUCCUCUACGAUGAGACCAGCUACAAAAUCCUGUUUUUCGUUGGCAGACAGGUUUAUAGUUAUGAUGAGCAAACACGCAGAAUGGAGAAAGAUUAUCCUAAACCGUUGGAAGUUGUUUUCCCUGGAAUGACAGGGAAGGUGACCGCAGCCUUCCAGAACAGAGGGUUCAACUAUCUCUUCAGCGGAUCAAAGAUGUUGGAGUUUGGCUCCUACAACAACAAGCUGUUCCGUGUUCUGAACAAUAAUUAUUUCCUGCCAUGUUAAUCAGUUAAUGUUGAGUUUUUC